UCUUCAACUGAGGAAACGAGGAAGAGAGAAAACAAAAAAUAAAUACAAAUAACAACAAGUAAGAAAAGUUCUUUCUUCUUUUCUCAAUUUUGGUUCGUUAUGAUCUAAGCUGGGCGCACAACGUUAGCCCAGGUGUCAAUGCUCCAACUAGCCGGACUUUAUGGUGGACUCUACUACGGGACGGAUUGUCGCAAAAAACAGCUCCCGUGAUUCCAGCAGUUUGUUUCUUCCGUGCUCAACAUUUCUUUUGCGUGUUUACUCAAAGUGCCCGUUUGUUUUGGUUUUGAGUUCUUGACAAAUCCAACGGAAAUGUCUGAGCGUUUAUUUUAUCCGGGAGAUGAAGCCGUCCUACCUGGCGAAAGUGCGCAUUUUCUGCUGUCAGACGAACUGCCUUAUUACAGUACACCUAAUUUACCCAGUUGUGGAUAUCUGGGCGAAGAGACCAUCUACCGUACGCCACCGUCAGUUAUCCAUCAAUCGUUACCACCGUCUCACGCAUCCAUCGCCAUUUCUGAUUGCGCCAAUACUGACGCUGGAGGUGAUUCACCUCACGGCUAUUCAAGCGGUUCAUCAAAUUUCGCUCAAUUGACCAUCGUUCGAAGCCAUUCAAUCAACGGGGUGUCUGCCUUUGACGAACGUGUGGACGCAAGCAAAUGCUCAAUCCAGCAACUAUCCGAAACUGUUCGACCGCUAUCCGACCACGAGUCCUGGAAGCCACCCCGGCCUGAGGUUGUAGCCACCGUGGAAUCCCCGUCCGUCAAAGUGGAGCCCGGCGUGGCCCAAACUGGCCGCAGGAAGAAUUCUAAGAAAACAGCAGUCAACGCCCAACAACAAUCGAGCAGUUCACGAAGCAAAAGGGCAGUCGGCGGAGGUGAGGACAAUAACGGAGGAGCAACUUCAACUACUCCGCCACCUGUAGAGGUCAUGAAGAAGAGACGGACGGCUGCCAACGCCCGUGAACGCCGACGUAUGAACAGUUUGAACGAUGCCUUCGAGAAACUAAGAGAGGUCGUGCCUUCGUUAGGUAGUGACCGCAAACUCUCGAAAUUCGAAACACUCCAGAUGGCACAGACCUAUAUCAAUGCACUUCACGAACUGGUCAAACAUCACUGAUCCGUUAGAGUUGAAUUACUCGGAAUGCAGAUGAGUAAAAGUCAACAUGAACGAUGGUCUUUUCGCGAAUGGUGAGAGGGGGGGAUAUUCUUUUGAAAAAAAAAAAAUUCAUUAAAUCUGUUUAUUAUUAUUCACGCAACCAACCCCGCCUAUUUUGGCUUGAUUCCCCCCCGUCUCCAAUUUAUUGUCUAGUCAACGAAUGAUUGUAAUUUAUAACACAUGUGGCUUCUAUAUAUGUUUUUUUUAAAAAGAUGAAAUACCCAAAGUCUGGAUGUAAUUUGCUUAACUGAGCAAUUAUUACAAUUUUGCGCUUG